GCACCAGCACCAGGCUCCAGGUCGAGAAAUUCCCGCAAAAGUUCAAGUGACAAUUUCCCAGCCAAUAAGAACUUUGCCGACAACGUCAACGCAAAUUGAAUUCGAAUCGAUUGUCUCUCGAUCUUCAUCGAUUCAUUACGCGCAGGAAUAAGAAACCAACCGCAAAGUUUCCAGUGUGAAAGUUAGUCUGGCUCUGUUCGUGUGGCAGUGCAACCGUGAGGAAACCGAAAACUGUUGAAAUGAGUUCCCCCAGACCAGAAAUAAACCAAUUAACCGGACUUGUUCUUGUGUAAUAAAUAAAUUGCCAACAAUUAUGACUUGCGAAUACCACUCAAGCAUAAUCAAAUGAAAUGUCAAACAUAAUAUUUGUGGCAACAGUCGUGCAACGUGCAGUGGCAGUAGCAUAAAAAGGUCAAAGAAAGUCGAAAAACUCGCAGCAAACAUUUAUUUGAAACUCGCAGUCAUCCAACAUCAGAAGUCACAAUCCAACUCCGGAAAUCGAGUCGGAUACACCGCAUAUGUGAGGGCAACCGCAGCCCGAAGGACGAAGGCGGUUGCGGUUGUGGAGGCGGAAGCGAAAAAGAAGGCGGACCAUGCCCUCUGCAGAUCAGAUCCUGUUCAUAAAUGUCACCACUACGGUGGCAGCGGCGGCUCUUACCGCGGCGGCGUCCGUAGGCACUGCGAAAUCCGGCGGAAGUAAUGAAGCUGGGUCUGGCCUCGAGCGGCCGGAGGGCACGACUCCGGCGUCUGCCAACGUGUCCGGGUCACUGGUCGAGGGUCUGACAACUGUGGCGGCGGGUCUAGGCACCGGCCAGCCGGAGGCAGACUCGGGGGAGUGCGGAGGCGGCGUGGAGGAGCUGCACGCCAGCAUACUGGGAAUUCAGUUGGCGGUGCCCGAGUGGGAGGCACUACUGACCGCCCUGGUCCUGUCGGUCAUCAUCGUCCUGACCAUUAUUGGAAACAUUCUAGUGAUCCUGAGCGUGUUCACCUACAAGCCCCUACGCAUCGUCCAGAACUUUUUCAUCGUUUCGCUGGCGGUGGCCGACCUCACGGUGGCCCUGCUGGUGCUGCCCUUCAACGUGGCCUACUCGAUCCUAGGCCGCUGGGAGUUCGGAAUUCACCUGUGCAAGCUGUGGCUCACCUGUGACGUGCUCUGCUGUACGAGCUCCAUUCUUAACCUGUGUGCCAUCGCACUGGACCGCUACUGGGCCAUCACGGACCCGAUCAACUACGCCCAGAAGCGGACGGUGGGCCGGGUCCUGCUUCUCAUCUCCGGCGUGUGGCUGCUGUCGCUCCUGAUCAGCAGUCCGCCACUGAUAGGCUGGAACGACUGGCCCGACGAGUUUACCAGCGCCACACCCUGCGAGCUGACAUCGCAGCGCGGCUAUGUCAUCUACUCGUCGUUGGGGUCAUUUUUUAUUCCGCUGGCGAUCAUGACCCUGGUCUACAUCGAAAUAUUCGUGGCAACACGUCGACGUCUGCGAGAGCGAGCCAGGGCGAACAAGCUCAACACCAUUGCCCUCAAGUCCACGGAACUGGAGCCCAUUACCAACUCCUCGCCGGCAGGGGCCUCUGCUUCCGCUGCGGGGUCUAAGUCCCGCCUACUAACCAGCUGGCUGUGCUGCGGGAGGGAUCGGGCCCCCUUCGCCGCGCCCAUGAUCCAAAACGACCAAGAGAGCAUCAGCAGUGAGACUCACCCGCCGGUGCAGGAGGCCUCCAGGACCGGACCCGGCUCGCACAUCUCCAGCGACCAGCAACAGCACGUGGUCGUGCUCGUCAAAAAGUCGCGCCGCUCCAAGAUCAAGGACUCGAUAAAGCACGGCAAGGCCAGAGGCGUCCGUAAAUCGCAGUCCUCGUCCACCUGUGAGCCCCAUGGGGAGCAGCAGCUGCUGCCAGCUGGCGGAGGCGGGCAGUCCGCCGGCGGGAAGUCGGACGCAGAAAUCAGCACGGAGAGCGGCAGCGAUCCCAAAGGAUGCAUUCAGGUCUGCGUAACACAGACGGACGAGCAGACCUCGCUGAAGCUGACCCCGCCCCAAUCCUCGACAGGAGCUGCCGUCGCAUCCGCCACGCCCCUGCAGAAGAAGGCCAGUGGCGUGAACCAGUUCAUCGAGGAGAAGCAGAAGAUCUCGCUGUCCAAGGAGCGGCGGGCCGCACGCACCCUUGGCAUCAUUAUGGGCGUGUUCGUCAUCUGCUGGCUGCCCUUCUUCCUCAUGUAUGUCAUCCUGCCGUUCUGCCAGAGCUGCUGCCCCACGAACAAGUUCAAGAACUUCAUCACCUGGCUGGGCUACAUUAACUCCGGCCUGAACCCGGUCAUCUACACAAUAUUCAACCUCGACUACCGACGGGCCUUCAAGCGCCUGCUGGGCCUGAACUGAGAACGACUGGGGGUGUGGGGGGGAGCCGGAGGAGAUGGGCGCUGGCGCCGGGACGGAAGGACUGAGAGGGAGAGCAUUACUCAAAGCUAGUGCCAAACUUAAGGAGGUGACCACGUGAACGUAACCGAUCAGUAGAGAUCUCAGCCGAAAUGGAUGGUUUUCAUGAAGAAUGGGUAUCUGCAAUAUUGUUUUCAUAUACAUAGUUUUAUAAGUUUUCUUCAGCCCUAAAGGUGAAAUAAUUUAAAAGAUCCCCAUUAUUUGUUCUUGACUGUUUUUAGUUUAAUAUUUAAAAAACACUAUUAAAG